AUGUGGAAAUAUUCGUGUGUUAUAUUCGCGAUAAAUGUGCUGUUUCCAAUUAUAUUUUGCUACCCCUACGAUGAACUUAUGGAAGAGCAAGUCGACGAUACCGCUUUAGUCGAGAGUACUAUAAGGGAAGCAAGAGCUAUCAGCCCCAAAAGCAUACACGAACUUUUAGAACCAGGCACCAAGCAAGCUUACCUUCACACCUUCGGCGACGAGCCCGACGAUGACGGCAACGUGCAGGGCUACUUGAAGAAGUCGAAGGACAAAGGCGACGACGGGUACAAGCACUUCGACAGUUUCCACAAAAAGGACUCCGACAAGUACGGCUUCGAAGUGCAUUCGGAGUUCGGGAAAUUAGACAAAGCCAACGUGGAGACUGGCAGCAAGACUCGAGCUGAAAAAAAGAAGAAGAGCAAAAAUGCCGAGGGUGAUGAUGCUAAGGAAACUAAAAGAGCGUAUGAAGUAGUAGAAGGACCAGAAGGUUAUUAUUUGGGAGAAGGAGAUUCAGGGGAAUCUCAGCAAUACGCCGACGGGGAUUCGGGGGCUGAAGAAGGAGAAGAAGAGAGCAGCCCUUACUCCAGUGACUAUUCUGAAGGCGAUGAAGAUGGUGAGAGCUACGAAAAGAGCUCAUCGUACUCCACAAGUUCAGACGACGACGGUGACGGGGAAUCCGAAGGAUACAACGAAGAAGAGGAAGAGGAGGAUUAGAGCAGUU